AUGCCUAAACUCGUACAAAGCAUGGUCACUGUCAUCGAUGUCUUCUAUGAAUAUGCCAGCCAAGAUGAGGAAUGUAACAUGUUAAAGAAAGAAGAAAUGAAGGCACUUUUGGAAAAUGAGUUUCAUCAAAUUCUGAAGAAUCCAGAUGAUCCAGACACUGUAGACAUCAUCAUGCAGAGCCUGGAUCGAGACCAUAACAAGAAAGUGGAUUUCACUGAGUAUCUUCUGAUGAUAUUCAAGCUGGCACAAGCUUGUAAUAAAAUGAUCAGCAAAGAUUACUGCCAAGCUUCAGGGUCAAAACAGAGAGACCACCGUCACUGGCAUCACAAGGAACAGAAUGAAACAGAAGAUGAGGACAAAAGACAAGAAAAAUCUUCCACUCGUUCAAAAAAGCAAAAAGACAAACAGCAAAGAAACUGUUUAAUUUCUGGGCACAGGCAAAGCACUGGAGAAAGGAGAGACUCAAGCUCAGGAUACCUCAAGGAUAAUAAGAAAAACAAAAACGGCUCACAUCAACAAGGGUUUGGGAGUGAAGAUGUUAGUGAUACUCAUUCAAGCGAUUGUAGAAAAAGAUCAAACUUAGCAAAUCAAGAUGGCAAAAAACAAAUACAGAACCUCAAUCAGGAAAAUGUGAAGAACAAGGAUACUGUUCGAGUUCUAGUGACAGUUAUGGAAAACAUAGUUCAUGCACAAGUUGCACCCCUAGUCAGGCUAGACAUCAGUCAUCUGGCUGUGGCCAAACUGCAUCAGGUUCAGGCCAAUCAUCUUGUUUAG